GCACAAUGCUAGUUAAUCAAUUGAUUGAAUAAAUAAAUAUGUUUUAAAAGUUAUUUUAAACAUGGAGAAUAUCUGCAUUUUGGAAAUUAAGAAAAAAAAAAUCAAGAUGUGUGUAGUUUUGCUGUACGCGAUUUCGAGGUGCCCUCUCGGUUAUAAAUACAUGGUUAACUAUACUGCAGCUUGCAUUAAAUUAAUACAACCGUGAUAAUGAAAAAUAAAAUUAUACCAAAAUGAUGAAUCAGAAUUAAGUUGGUGCACAUGAAAGCAUUAAACGGCCGAUUGUAAUACCGAACAGGCCUAGUGGCUAUUUGUGAUAAUGUCAUCGUCACAGCCAUUUUCAGACACCGGCUUAAACUCUUCCAUUUUCCCGAUGUCACUUCAUCAUCUCCCCUCAACGGUAUGUCAUCGUUUCUGAUGCAUUGUAUCAGGUGCUCAGCGGAGACAGACAUAAACUCAUUAGGAAGGAAUCACACCCACUUUUUUUUUGCCGUGAGCCCUGUUUACCCUGGGUGAUGGGUUUGACAGGAAAGCCUUGAUAAGCGGACGGGUCCUUCGAAGCAUUGCUCAGUCAGUGUCAGAACUUCCUCGGGCUCGCCAGCGCUGGAUUGAGAGGCACGCCAAAGCACAUGAAGAUGCAAUCCACGGGCUACACUCUUAAAGCACAAGUGACGCAUACCUGCCAGUGCUGCAGAAGAGCCUUUCAUUUACCACUGAACCGGGGACCACCAAAAUGCAAUGCUGCGAUAUGGAGACCCUGGAUCCAGUCGAACAGAGACGUUCAAAUGAGUCAAAAUCAGACAGACAGUAUGGGCGCUCGGAGGACAAGAGGAGCUGUGGGGUUCCAGCAUCCAGUCAGACUUUACAUGCCCAAGUCCAAAUCCCACGACUAUCUGCACAGCAUGGGAGAGAAGGUUCUGGCCUGCUUCCCUGUGCAAGCGACAAUCCACUUCUACAACGAUGACUCGGAUUCCGAGGAGGAGGAGGAGGAGGAAAUCGAAGAGGAGAGGGGCCUCCCUCGGUUAUGAUGACAACACCGCAGAUCUAGAAAGGGGAAACUACACGGGAAGACGGCCCCUGUUUUGAAAACAGAGGAAUGAAUACGCAGAGGAGACGGAUCAGUGGCUGUCAGGAAACCCGGCCUCCUCGAGUGACAGACACAAAGAAACAUGGAUAAUUAGGUCAAGCACCAACAGGAAAUACCAUUGAGUAUGAAAGGCGAGGGCAGGGCAGCUACGCUGUCUAAAAACUCAUGUGCAACAGCUGGCUACAGGGAGCUGGCAAUAUUAUACUGGGGUCUUUGUUACUUCAGUGUCACAAAGGCAGAAUCCCUUACCGUAGUUUAAAGGAUCUGCCAGGACUUUAAGUCUAGCAGUAAUACGGUAUAUUUUUCAUGGUAAUCUUGCAGUUAAUUUGCUUCUCCCAUGCUUGCACCAUGCAUUGAAGAGUUAGUAUUCAAAUUACUCAAAUAUCGUGUUUUCUUGAUCUUAUCUCGGUUACAGGCAACUGGAACACAAGAGCUUUUGUAGUUGUAUUAGUUAAACUGUUUUUUUUACCAUUCUUUACCAUAGUCUGAAGUGCUUUACUAUGCUUUACUUCACCAUCACUUUUUAUAAGAGAUACAACUCAUUCACUUUUUAUUCUAGACCUAAGUAGUUUGUAUAAUAUUAUUUCAUACCCUAAACCACUAUGAUGACCUCUUGGGUAACAAUGUAAAACUACUAUGUGGAUACUUCUAAUGCAGUUGUAAAUUGCCUGCAAUGCUAGAUUGGUGCAAUGGGUUUCUUUUCAUCUGUAUUAAUAUUAGAUGUAAAUGUUACUGUUGUGUAUGUACAAAUUGUAAAUAUUUUAUAAUAAAUUGUAAAGUUUUGUGUUGGUUUUU